ACUUUGGAACAUUGAACGCUACUUCACCGAUUGGCGCUAAGGCAUUAGCCACCUAUGAAAUGCAGACUAAGUGGUUGUCAUUGCUUCAUUAUUUCCGAAGGAACCGGUCAUACUUCAAGGCAGCCAAAUAUUCUGUAUGGACGAAAUUAGCAAUUUCAGGCGGAUUUGUUAGUGUCGGGAUUGUAGGCUUAGCUAUGCCUGUCUAUGCUUCAGAUUUCCAAGCCCAUUCACCAAAGCUACCGUGGCCACACAACGGAAUUAUUUCUAGUUACGACCACGCUGCGAUACGACGGGGUUAUCAAGUGUACAAAGAAGUUUGUAGUGCAUGCCAUAGCUUGAAAUAUCUUAAUUAUCGGCAUCUUGUUAAUGAAGUACUGACAGAAGAAGAGGCUAAAAGAGAUGCAGCUUCGUAUAUGUAUCCUGAUGGACCAAACGAGGAAGGGAAAAUGUUUGAACGACCCGGUCGUUUGAUGGACAUACUCCCUUCUCCAUAUCCCAACUCUCAGGCAGCACGUUUAGCUAAUAAUGGCGCAGAACCUCCGGAUCUAACAUUUAUUACUAAAGCCCGACAUGGUAAUGAAGAUUACAUAUUUCAUCUGCUUACGGGUUAUAUGGAUCCUCCACCAGGUCAUACAGUUCCUGAUGGGCAAUAUUACAACCCGUAUUUCCCUGGUGGCAACAUAAGUAUGGCAAGAGCACUGUAUGAUGAUUUGAUUGAAUAUGCUGAUGGGACACCUGCUACAACUAGCCAGUUGGCGAAAGAUGUUGUUUCUUUUCUCUGUUGGACUUGUGAUCGUAAUCUCGAUGAUCGAAAACGUGUUUUAUUAAAGGCAGUGCUAAUAACAUCAACCCUAGCGGUGAUAAUGGGCAUAUACAAACGAAAACGUUGGUCAGAUAUUAAGUCGAGAAAGAUUGUGUACAAAAAUCGACCAGUACCGAAGGCUAUGUAGUCUUGUUUAUUUCAGUCAAAUCAGCAUCAUGUUCUCCUACUUCCUUCAAUUUGUGCAACUGUAAUAAGCAGAAAACUGAGUCUGUUUAAGGAUGUGUAUCGAUUGUUAGGCUAAUAUAUAUACAUGCCAGCUAGUUAUAUGCAUAGUUAACACAUCUGAUCAAGUCUUCUUGAAGUGUGUUUGCCUAGUUCAAUAUUUGAAAAGAUUUCUAUAAAUGUAGCUUCUUUUUACAAUACUCAGUUGUUCUUUUAUUCUACCUCUAACAGCUAAAACUGUAGGAACUAUGCUAAACGGGAGUGUAAGGUGUUUUGCAUUGUUACAUUUUCCCCCUAGUUUUAAUUAUUAUUAACUAUUAUUCUGAAGACUUUUCACCAUCAACGUUAUUUAACAGUUCUCAAUAAUCUGUUAACCUGUAAGUGUACCAAGAAAUAACUCAGUUGAAGUUGUAGCGGAACAAAGAUGAGUAAUAUCCUUUUG